AUGACCGUCACCGACAAGACGACCUACUACACGAUCGACUGCGGGAACUUCAACGAUACAUUAUUCUGGCCUGGAUCCAGUGGCUGCGCCAACAACAACAGCUACACCUUUUCGGCAGAUUCAGCCAACACCCAAUAUCUCAUGCCCAACCUCUCCCCCCUCGAACCCGCCGAAAAAGCAAAAGCGGGCCCGGAAACGUCGCUGACACCCAAAAAACCCAGCGUGACGAUCAACUGCGACCCCCUCAACACGGCCAGCUGGGCCCGCUGCGUGACCACCACCCUCUACAACAACGAAGACGCGGACGACAAAUCCAUCAUCAGCUCCACCAUCGUCACCCAGCAAAGCACCGUGCACGAGUCGUCCCUCUACCCCGUCAUCUUCACCGCCCCCGGCCUCGCCGCCGCGGCCGCGGCCGCGACGCCCCAGGACACCCUCGCGCCAUCCACCACCGCCGCACCCCCACCCACCACCACCUCCUCCCCCUCCACCGCCGCACCCGAAUCCACCCACCCCCCGCCCGCCCUCACCCCGGGCGCCAAAGCCGGCCUCGGCGUCGGGGUCCCCCUCGGCGUCCUCGCCCUCGGCGGCCUCGGCCUCCUCCUCCUGCGCGGCCACGUCAAGCACCGGGAACACGCGCGCCUGAGCCAGACGGAGCACCUGGUCGCGCUGCCGGCCGGGGGCGAGGUGAGCGAGUACGGGGCGGCGGGGAAGGGGGGCGGGGGGGACGCGCCGGCGGCGGAUGUGGGCGGGGUGUACGAGAUGCAGGGGCGGCGGUCGUCGGUGAGGAGUGUUGAGUUGGAGGCGUAG